AUGUCAACUCAACCAGCAGCAACAAACGCACAGACCGGCCCAACAGCCGAAGAUCGCGCAAUGGUCAAUGUUGUCAAAACAGAUUGCAGUGAAGAAGUAACAAACCGUAUUAAAGCUGAAUGUCAAAUGUGCGCACAAAAAUUCAACACACAGAGAGAAAUGGCAGAAUAUUUAAAGAAAACUAUGGAUAAGCAAUUUGGUCCAACAUGGAAUGUUAUUGUUGGCCAUCAUUUCGCCUCAAAUCUUAAACAUAUUGCCGGCAACUUUGUAUAUCUUUACAUAGAUCAAUUAGGUUUCCUCUUGUUCCAAGCUCAGUAA